AUGUGUGAAUCAGUACUAUAUAGAUGCGAAAAACAAUCCAUUGACGAUGCUUUUGAAUUCAUUGAAGACCAAUCGGAUCAAACUGAGCUUAUGAACGAUAAUGAUCAAGGUGAAGAUACUGUAAAUGUUGGUCAUUCUGAAUGUUAUUUGAAAGAAGUUGAAAAUGUUGAAGAUCAUUAUGACUAUCGGCAGACAUAUUUGAAGUCAUUAUUAAAUUCAGUGUCAAAAGAAUUAAUAAAAGAAGUAUGGACAAUUGUUCCUUACAUGUUUCCAACUUCGUAUCAACAUAUUGUCAUUCUUAAUGAUGGAACUCAUUUGUGCACAUGCUUAUUAUUAGUAUCUCAUGGAAUUGUGUGUCGUCAUUACUUCAAAUUGAUGAUUGAAAAUUCAGCUGCUUUAUUUCAUUUAAUGUUAAUGCCAAUGAGAUGGCUUCAAGAUGAUUUUUGGAACUGUAUAGAUUCUAUUUCCAAGGAACCAUUUAUUGGAGUGUCUUCAAAAAAUUCAAACCAAUUAGAUUAUUAUCAACCAGCUGAUUUUAUUCCUAAACAUCAUGACAACAUUCAGGAAAUUCGGGUUCGACAUUGUACGCAAAAAAAAAUUGAAUAUGGUCGGCUUAUGGGACAUUUUAAGCAAGCUUUAAAUUAUUCAUUAGACGAUAAUGAUCAAAAUAAUCUGGAUGAUAUUCUUUUAGCAUAUAUUUCUGAGAAGGAAGCAAAAUUGAAUGCUAAAGCACAAUCCGAAUUAGAAGGAAGAAAUAUUCUUAAUGAAAAUAUAAAUUUUGGUAAUGAAAUGAAAUUAUCUGAUGGACGAGUUUAUGAUAUAAAUAGUAUCAAAGAUCCAAUAAAACGUCAAGGUAAAGGUAGACCCGCUGGUAAAAGAUUUAAAGCUUAUGAUGAGGGCAAAAACAAAGCAAAUAGUAGUAAGAAUCAAAAAGAAAAUGUAUAUGAGAUAGAUAUUGAAAACAUGAAUGAUAAUAGUAAUAACACAAGUGGGCGUAGAUGUGGUUUAUGUCAUAAAACUGGACAUUAUGCUCCUAAAUGUCCUAAUAAAAAAAGUAGUUAA